GCUGAUGGUGGCGCCCGGCGCCCGGGUGUGAGGCGCGCGUCACGGCGAGGAUGCUGCUGGCCUCGCGGCGCUGAGAGGGCGAGCGCGAGCCCGGGGCGGAGGACGCACGGGUCCGGAUCUUGCUGCCGUGUGGGCUCCGAUCUCCUUCUUUCCUCUCUCACUUCCCCCCACCCCAACCCCCCUUCAUUUGCUCUUGGUUUGCAUAUCCAAAACACCUCUCGACUCCGACCUCUCCCCGACCACUGGAAGUCUCCCUGUCUCUAAAUGGAAUUAGUGGAGAUCGGAGCCUCGGGUGUAACGAACAGACAUGAUCUAUGGACGCAGUUUGUUUCACAUUGUAGCAAGUUUAAUCAUCCUCCAUUUGUCUGGGGCAACCAAGCAAGGAACAGAAAAGCAAAGCACCUCAGAAACGAAGUCUGUGCAGUGUGGAAGUUGGACAAAACACGCAGACGGAGGUGUCUUCACCUCUCCGAACUAUCCCAGCAAGUACCCCCCUGACCGGGAGUGCAUCUACAUCAUAGAAGCUGCCCCAAGACAGUGCAUUGAACUUUAUUUUGAUGAGAAGUACUCUAUCGAACCUUCUUGGGAGUGCAAAUUUGAUCAUAUUGAAGUUCGAGAUGGACCUUUUGGAUUUUCUCCAAUAAUUGGACGUUUUUGUGGACAACAAAAUCCGCCUGUAAUAAAAUCCAGUGGAAGAUUUCUAUGGAUUAAAUUUUUUGCUGAUGGAGAGCUGGAAUCUAUGGGAUUUUCAGCUCGAUACAAUUUCACACCUGAUCCUGACUUUAAGGACCUUGGAGUUUUGAAACCAUUACCAGUGUGUGAGUUUGAGAUGGGCGGCCCUGAAGGCAUUGUGGAGUCUAUACAAAUUAUGAAGGAAGGCAAAGCUUCUGCUAGCGAGGCCGUUGAUUGCAAGUGGUACAUCCGAGCACCUCCACGAUCCAAGAUCUACUUACGAUUCUUGGACUAUGAGAUGCAGAAUUCAAAUGAAUGCAAAAGGAAUUUUGUGGCGGUGUAUGAUGGAAGCAGCUCCGUGGAGGAUCUGAAAGCCAAGUUCUGCAGCACCGUGGCCAAUGACGUCAUGCUCCGUACAGGUCUCGGGGUCGUCCGCAUGUGGGCGGACGAGGGCAGUCGCAACAGCCGGUUUCAGAUGCUCUUCACGUCCUUUCAAGAACCUCCCUGCGAAGGCAAUACAUUCUUCUGCCACAGUAACAUGUGUAUUAACAAUACGUUGGUUUGCAAUGGACUCCAGAACUGUGUGUACCCUUGGGACGAAAAUCAUUGUAAAGAAAAGAGGAAAGCCAGUCUGCUGGACCAGCUGACCAACACCAGUGGGACUGUGAUUGGCGUGACUUCCUGCAUUGUGAUCAUCCUUAUUAUCAUUUCUGUCAUUGUGCAGAUCAAACAGCCUCGUAAAAAAUAUGUCCAAAGGAAAUCGGACUUUGACCAGACAGUUUUCCAGGAGGUGUUGGAACCUCCUCAUUACGAGGUAUGCACCCUCAGAGGGACAGGAGCUACAGCUGACUUUGCAGAUGUGGCCGAUGACUUUGAAAACUACCAUAAACUGAGGAGGUCCUCUUCCAAAUGCAUUCAUGACCAUCACUGUGGAUCACAACUGUCCAGUACGAAAGGCAGCCGCAGCAACCUCAGCACAAGAGAUGCUUCUGUCUUGACAGAGAUGUCCCCACAGCCCGUCAAACCCCUCAUCCCACCUGUGAACAGAAGAAGUAUCCUCGUCAUGAAACACAACUACUCCCAAGAUGCUGCAGAUGCCUGUGACAUCGACGAGAUUGACGAGGUGCCGACCACGAGUCACAGGCUGUCCCGACACGAUAAAGCCGUCCAGCGGUUCUGCCUCAUUGGGUCUCUAAGCAAACAUGAAUCUGAAUACAACACAACUAGGGUCUAAAAAGAAAAUUCAAGACAAGAACUAUUUAUACAAACAUGGACUGUGAAAAGAAAAUUCUAUAGUGAAUUGUGAAAAGUGGACAUAUUUCUAAAUUCAUUCCACUGCCUUUAUCCAAACUUAAGAAUUACAGACAUUUGUUAUCCCUUCAGCAAGACAUACCCGCUGCACAAUGAUAUGUUCAUUUCGUAAUUUGGUUGCUGGCCACCAAGUGCUCCUUAGUUUUUAAAUACAUUUUGAGAUUUACUGGAAACUUGAAGAAAUUAGUUCCUGUUUAAGACUAUCCCAACUUUAUUUUUACUGUCAGUUUCGCUUUGUUUCUAUGUUGUUUUAUGUCUUUGUUAGAUAAUUGUACAUUGUGUGAUAUGUGAAAAAACACAAUUUUGGAUGAACUUUGUGUUACAUGUACAUUGUUUUCAUUAUAUAGACUGCUUGAGAAUAGUGCGUUCCUGAGUGAUUUUGAACAUGCUACAGUGAAAAGUGAGAAUGUGGACCAUGGAAACACCAGCUAGAGGUUUUAUGGACUAUAAACGUCUGUUGUUGUGUUAAGAUUAAAUGCAGCCCAAAGUACCGAGUAAAAUUACUGGAUUGCAAUAAGAAAAAUCUCAUUUUUCGUCUUUCCUAUAUACCCCCAUUUCCUUUCUUUUUAAAAGAAAAUCAAAGGAAGAUACCGAGUUUCAGAGAUAGUUUUGAAAUCAGGUAUUUUACCGUUCAUACCCUUCAGUAGAAAUGAUUUUUGAUUAAGCACUUAGCAAUAUGAUUGAUUGACAGUUUGAGAAAAUACCCUGCAUGUCAGCACUGGAUAUUUGAAUUGGAAAAAUGUCAUUUUUAUUAGACACAUUGUAAAAAGCAUGCAUUCUCCAAUACUGCUGUUACUCUUCCACUUCCUUGUGUCAUACGCUUGCUACUUGUAACUUUUUAUAUAAAGAUAUAUAAAAAUGUAUAAUAAUUUCCUAACUUGAGUUAAGAGAAAUGCUUUCGUCUAUUAGAGUGAUAAAAACUGACUUACGUAAGUACACACUUUAUAUCUACUCUUUCCACACUUUAGGCUACAGGAUGUCCUUUAGUAUUAAGACAUACUUCUUCAAAAUUUGAUUUCUAAAACUUUAUGGAGUACUCCGUCCACAAGGCUGUCAGAAAGAGUUAAAUUACCUGGGGUCAAUAGGAUUUCUACAUUACAUCAAAAGUGUCUGAUAUACUGCAGCAACUGGGAGCAUUUUCAGGAUUGGCAUACUGUCCUCUUUACAACUAAUUUUAUCAGAAGAGUUUAAGAAAGUGGACAUUGUACCACUCUCAAGCGCAUUUAAAAGUGCCACGUUUUUGUGCUAAUCUGAAUGACGUAGCUGGUGAACUAGUCACCAGUAGCUUGGUCAGCAGGCAAAUCCAGCCUGCAAGAAAGGGAGCCAGUAUUCAAAUUACCAUGUUAUUGUCUGACCCACAGAAUGUAUUUUCAACAUAAACAUAUAACCUCAAUAUGAGAUGUCUAACUAAAGCAAGCGCCACCGAGACCAAGACAGCCUCUCCUCUUCUAAGGUUUAGGUUUUGCCCAGAAUUCUCGAUACAUGGAAUAGCCCACACCUAAAGAAAAAGAAUGCUAGUUAAGCAUUUAAAUAUUUUUUUCAGUAUUAGAAAAUUAAAAACAGUUCAUAAAGUAGCUAAAAGUAGCACCCUUGCUGGUGUACGAUACUUACAAGGGGACCAAGGCCCUCACUCUUGCUUUCUUAAACAAUUCAAAUUUCUAAAAUUCUUUUUACACACUUUCCCAAGUAUCUCAAGGCCAGAAUGACUAGCUCAGACUGCUAAAAUGUCAAUAUUUAUCUGGCAACUUUAAAAGGAGUUACUCUUGCUGUAUAAUACCAGAUAAAGUCAAUUAAUUAUAAAGCCCAUAAAAGCAUGUAAUAUCUUUUCCACCUUCAAAAACUCAAUAAAACAGGAAUCAUGUCUCUCCCAGAUGUUGGAUCUUAUUACCAAUCCUAUUUACAUAUCUAGACUCUUCAACAAAAUUAUAAACUCAGUGAAAGACAGUACUCUCUUUUCUUUCUUUCUUUAAAACCUUAGUAAGAUUUUACCAUAGACAGUAAAACUAUGUCACUGCUUGAACUAUUUUUAUUAAUUCAGUUUUUACGUGAAAAUGAAUAUAAGUGAUAUUUGCAAACUGCUUCAAAGUCAGCUAAAAGUAUCUAUCUUGUUUUAUUUACAAAGAAAUCCAUUAAUGGGGAACCACAAAUUUGAGAUAUCCUGUAGGAACAUACCCAGAGUCAUUGCUCCCACAACAAAGCCUUGGGCUUUCACGCGCAUGUGGAUCGGGUGAAUAGACACUUUAGUAUUGCCCCUGCUCUUCAAUUUAUAUAAUCCAUAUGCAACGAUUGCUGCAAAACCUGCCAUUCCUGUAAAACAGACAGUCACAAGAUGUCAGAUGCAUGGGGGCAGGGAAUCAAGAUGAUUUUAUCAUCAAUCAAUGUUCUAUUUUUUUUAUAAGGAUGCUUUAGGAGACCAUUAACCAGCUAACAUACAAAUUGAGUUCUUAUUUUUUCCCCCUCAGAACUAAAAAUCCACAAUUGGAAGCAAACAGUAGCAGAUCCAGAAAGCUAAGAUCAUCUUUAAAAUGUGGGCUUGUGAAGCCAGUAACUAAAUUCCUUUAAGCGUGCCAGGGGAGCUCUUCUCUGUCCUACUUCCAUCCCCAAAGGCAAUCAGUUAAUGUGGUACAGACUGUAAUAAACCAUAACUGUGAGUAUAACAGAAAAAAAAACUUUAUGGAAUAUAUUCUCCUUUUAGAAUAGGAAAGUCUUUUUUAAGUGCUUUAAAAUCACAAGCCCUUUUAUGACCCAAAUAACACAAUUCUGAGUUGUCCUUAUACUCAGGCACAUAUAUGAUUCCUGAAAGCUUACUAAUCAUGGUGUGUUUAAUAUAAAUAAAGGAAAAUAAUAUUAUAAUUAAUUGCUGUUGAAUUACAUACUCUAUAAAGUUUGAUUUAGCGAGUGGGUACUUUUAAAAUACGGAAUGUGUAUUCUCAGAAAAUAAUUUCUAAACUCAGAUUACUGUAAAUCUGCUUACCAGCAUUUCCCAAAUGGCUGAAUUCUACAGAAUUUUGUCCUACAAACACAAAGCCAUCUGGUCUAUCACAAUGCCAACCUGGUAACUCAAGCAAGCGCCACAAAGCCAAUAGAUGAGUUAUUCACAUACAUCCCUGUUAGGAAUCCAACUUCACAUGUGCUACAGAAACAAAUAAAUGGGAAAGAAAAAAUUUUCUGAUAGAAAAAUUAAUUAUCAUAGCAAUUCUGAAUCGUCUGUAUUGAAAAAAUGUCAAUCCACAGAAUCUGAUAAACUGGUAAAUAGAAAAAAUAUAUCAAACAUUAUAAAGAAAGAUUAUUUUCUGUUGUUUGCUAUAUAUUUUAUAUACAUUAUGUUGAAAUUUAACCUUUUUUGUUUGACUUGACUAAUUCUUUUAUUAUCAUGCCUAUUGUCAUUCCUUUUACUUCAAAGUUGAUGCAUCCAGAGACUUUUUAAAGUGAUUAGCCAUGUUUUAUAUUACUGUCUCUAUUUAGAAAUCUUCAUAAGACCCUGUACACUUUGAAUGAAUAAUCUCAGAAAGGAUGAUAUACAUGUGAACCACUUACUAUCCACUGUCCUUUCAGCUGUCCACAGAACUUUCAUCUUUCCAGUUCUUCCUAAAGAAGCAGAAUGCUUCUGACCUGCUGGUUCACUGCUGAAAGGCUAUUUGCACCAGAAAUCAAGGACUUAAAAAAUAAAUCCAACUACAUUAAGUAUAAUGAUAAAGAUCGAUUGCUUACACAUAUUUAAUACACAACAGCUCCAUAGGAAAACAAAAAUAUUGAAAUGAAGAAUAGGCCUCUUCAGUGGUAAUACUGAGAAGGUAUAACUCAACGUAUAAUUGGGCAUUGCCUAAUCAGAAAGCAAGAUAGUGAUGGCUCUGAGGCCUGGAAGCCUCCUGUUGUCUCUGCCUCAACUCUAGAUGCUGGAUCUUGAGUGUGUAGGGGCUCCGUGUUGCCUGGGGGUUUCCUGAAGGAAGGUCUUUAAAAGCCAGUAUUGAAAUCUACCAACACAUUAAAAAUUCCUGUUUACUGGCUACAUCAGACCCUGUCACCUGCAUAUCAAACUUUGGUUUAUAUUCAAGUGGAGAGACACAUGUAGAUAUGGCAUGAGACAUUUCAAGACUUUCAAGAUGUUUCAAAUAAGUUAUUUUAAUAAAUAGUUAUAUUUUUUGAUAAAGUGAAUUCAAAUAUUACUCGCACGAGUGCUUUAUUAAUCUCAUAAGAUGCUUUCUGAUAGCGUAAUUACACACCAUGUUAGUUAAUUUGAAAAUAGCUCUUUUUGUUUCAUUUCCCUAUGUUUGAAUUCACUUUCAAAAUCUGGGAGGCAUAUCAUGAUUAUGUGCAACACCUAUGAAACCCUGAAUUAAGCUUUUUACUUCCGUCCAAGUGCAUUUUAGUUGCCUAAUUCAAGGUUGGCAUGUUGAUUUGGAAUUAUGAUUUUUGUGUACCUGAUUAUACACACAAGCCAUUUUUAUGCAUCAUAUUGGAAGAUAGACAUAUGUAAUAUUUGAUUUACCAUAAUUCAAUUCCAUUUGAUUAGAUAAUUAAAAUGUGGCUGUAAACUUAAUUGGAGAUCAAUGUCUUUGGGCUUUUAAAGGAGAACAGUCCACAUUGUGAAGAUGCUGGCUUUUCUGUUUUGCAUUAUUUUUUCACCAAAAUUAUUUCAAUGACUCCAUAAACCCUUAUUCUUAGCAUUUAAUAAAGUUAGGUCUUUGACAUUUCUUAAAUAUUCACUUAAUAUUGAAUCAACUUUUUCUCUAUUUUUCAUUUAGGAAUUUGGCUUUUCCUCAAAUUUGAUAGCAUUUUUAAAAUUCCACAAACGGAUUUUUCUCAACCUAAGCAUAUCUUAAUAAAUAACAAACUAUGAUGAUUCCUAUUCCUUAAUUAAAGUAAUGACAAAUUAUUUAUCUUCUGGUGGUAAAAUAAAUAAUAGCAUUUUAUCUUCUUUUGAAAUUUGUAUAUUUCAAUGAUGAAAAUGAAUCCUGUCAGAUUCCAACUCUGGAGGGAGGGUAAAUAAAUAAAAUCAUGAAAAUAUUCUGAAUGCGAAAUGCAUAUGAUUUGAGUCUCAGUUUUGUCCAACUUCGCUGAAGCGAGUUAGUUUCUGUAUCAUGCCUACCUGUGCAUUCUUCUUCCUUUGGCUCAUUUUUGGGAUCAUACUCAUGGCCCAGAGGGUCCAUCCAAAAAAUUGUCAAAUAGAUAAAAUAAUUUUUAAAAUCAGACUUGAAUUAAUUAUCAGUUUCUUAUCCAUUUAAUUAAUAAUUCCCGUUGCUCUCUUAAAGGUGGAAUUAAGUAGCAGAAUAAAAUAUAUUAUUAAAAUAGCCAGAGAUGGGUUUUUAUAAAUAAUCUUGUUCAACAAAUCAGAGCGCUUUGCUAAUAUAGAAUUAUCCUGAUUAAUUCUAUUAAUGAGUUUGUUUAAAUUGUACUACGGAUUUCUUAACUGAAUUUUAUUAUUCAGAUAAACCCAACAGUGUGAUAGAAAUAACAAAUCUAGGUGACUGACGUCAGGCACUUGUAACAUCUCAGCUUUUUUUUUUUAUUAUGGCCUCUGGUUCUGUACUUUCUUAUGUGUUAUUAAAGAAGUAAAUGCCUUCUUAGUAUGCCUUUAAUUCCUCAGACUUCAAACUUACUAGGGCUGGUUUCCAGAAGGUUCUUACUCCUGCACUAGUAUGAUCGUAAAGUUAAACCACUUCUUUGCGUCCAUAAUUGUGCAGCCAACAUGUUCCUGUUUAUCCCCAACUUCUAUCACCUCUCCAAACUCUGAAGCAUGUCGUUUUACAUUGGUUCAUUCUUUGGAAAAAAAAAAUUUUUUUGCCCUCUUCUUAAUAGACACAUAUCUAGACACAAAAUGUAAAAGUGGUCAAAAACAUAGCAUAUAAAUUAUUUAAAAUAAAAUUUUCCUUAUUACAUCACAUUGUAAAAUUUGUGCUCUUUAUUCACUUUCUCCUGAGUUAAGUUUAAUAUCAAUAGAGCCAGCGUUUUUCCUGAGCCUGUACAAUCUAUAUACCAGGAUUCUUCCUAAGUGCUCUGGGGAUGAAAAUAAAAGGUGACGCACUAGUGGGAAGCAUAAUUAUGGAGCCUUAUAGAAGGAAGGGUUCUUAGCGGAGCUCAAUAAGGAAAAUGAAGCUCAAAAUUAUUUGCUGAGCUUUCCAUCUUGAAAAGCUAAUUAGUUGCUUCGUGCUAAUCUGGCAUGGAAGAUGAAAUAUAUUCAACUGUCAAGAGAAUACAAUACUGAGAAUGUUUUAUAAUAAAGAAGUCAGUAGCAUAGAUAAGGGGGUAAAAUGUAUUCUCAGAGAGAUCAAGAGAUGCUUGAUGAAUAGUUGUUCUUCUAAGCAGGUCUUGAAGAUUGAGAAACAUUGUCAGUGGUGGAGCAGGGAGAGAUUUCCACCUAGAGAAGUUAGCGCAGAGAGUAGUCUCCCAAGGCCAUGUAAAUAUUUGAGAUGGCUGGAGCAUAGGAUUAGACAAAAGGAAUAAUAGUCAAUAUAGUUGGAAGAGCAGGUUGGCGUUUACAUCAUGAUCUCUGAGUGCAGGUAAUGCCAUCCAAAAGACUUCACGUUUUAGUCAAAAAAGCAUUUUAAUGUCUCUUAGCAAAGUUGGGCUGAAAAACUAUAAGUAGAAUCCUCUGACAGCAGUGUAUUUGCUAAACUGAGUGAAACUGGAAUAAAUAAAGGAAAUCAAAACAAUACAGACACAAGAUAUUAAAAAAGAAUAACCGAUGGAUUGUUAGAUAUCCAGAAAUAUCUGUCUUUCUAUUUAUUUUCCACCAUUUUUUAAUUAUUUCAAGAUCAUGGUUGGGUAACUAGCCAAAAUACUGAGUGUUGUAUGCUAAACACCAUUCUGCGAGUUUUUCAUGUAAGUAUUCCUUUAGUCAUCUUAGCAAUUAUUAUUAUUAUGAAUAAUAAUAAUACUUGUUGUUAUGGUUGUUUUAUUGUUAUUCCAUUGUACCUAUAAGGAAACUGAAGAGAGUUUUGGUAGCUUUUCUAAGAUUGCACAAUAAAAAAUGAUACAUCCAGGUCUGAACUCAAGCUGAUUAACCCCAGAAUCAGCCAGCAAUCCUACUGCUAUGAAUACAACCCUUUAAUAUUCAAUAUAGUAUGUUUCACUGAAAUAAGUUGAUAUGUAUUCAUAGAAACCCCAUACUUCUGUGUUUUCUCAUCUGUAAAAAUAUGUAUUAUAGCAACUUCUCUCCACCCUGUAGCUUUUGAGGACCAAAUGACAAUGCAUUGGAAGAUACUUUUUAUACCCUAUGAUACAUUAUAAAUAAAUCAUUUUUCCUAAGUCAUGUGUAAACUUCAUUUUAUAAUGGACAUGGGACAAAUGUAUCACCUAUACAGAGCAGUAAUGAAAAAUAACUUCCAGCCUCCUCUUGUCCACAGUGAAAUGUAUGACUUCCAGAGUCCACGAAUUCUUAUUUCACUUGAAUGACAUUCUUCCCCAGUGCUUAGUUUAUUGCAUCAUCUUAUUGAACAAUAUUGAACUCCAGAGCUCCUAAGUGAUCCCAAAAGCCCUAGUCAAACAGAAAUACUAACACUUGGCAGAAAAUUCUGUUUUUCAAUCCCAGACAAUUGUUUGGUAUACAUUCGCAUGAUAGCCUAAUAGUGGGAUGAGCAAGGAAAUAGAUAGGUAGGUAGAUAACUGCAGUCUCAUAACCAUAAUUAUGUUAUAAAAAUGUGGUGUAAUGCAGUGAAAAUAGCUUUUCAACAGGACAAUUUCAAAUUUUAGUUUCACCUCAUACUUCUCACUUGCUCUUAAGGACGUAGUUGGAAUCCUUUGAGCUUCGCUUCCUUUAUCCUUAAAAUAGAGAGUCUAUACCCAAUAAUGAAAGUUGCUCUGAAAAUCAGAGAUGACACCAUCCAUAAACAAACAACAUGAAGUUGGUGGUACAAUAUAGGGGCUCUGGUUUUCACAUUUGUGUCUUACUAGUUUGCACUCCAGAGUGGGCAAAAUGUCUCCUCUAUGCCUGACUUUUGUCCAUCUGUGAACCAGUCAUUGCUGACAGAAGUGGACUUCUCUACCUCCGUGAUCAACCCUGGGUUUAGACAACUCGGGAGAAGCCCUCACCUUUCAGAGGUGACAUCAGUUUAGGACAGGACCAGAUGGAAGGAGCGUAGGGGUUAGUAGGUGGGAGAGAAUGAGGUUAGCCUUUGCCUCUUAGCUCUUAGUGUGCCACCACCUGGCAUAAAUGAGGUUGACACUGGAAAAGACAUCAACACAGAUAUGCUAUUAAUGAUGUGUAAUUGAGAACUGCUAAUUUCUAGAAUUUAAGGAUUUGAAAGUAGGCAUCAGGAACGAGCAAUUUGGGGAUCCUUCAAAAUAAUUGUUAAGUGCAUAGUCAAUAUGGCUCUGCUUAGGUGAGCAAAUGAGUACAAAAGUUACAUUUAAAUAAAUAAAUACAUUCUUCUACUUGUCGCAGAGAAGCGCUGUCCUGACCUGACACGUGGCUUACGUUCCUUGGCCUUUCCUUCUAGAAACUACAGAAUUAGGCCAGAUUCAAAAGUAAACUUAAAGAAGUGUGGUUUAAUAACCAUUGUUAUGGGCACAUUAUCUUUCUCCUUUUUUAAAAAAAGUUUAAUUUGCAGGUUGUGUUUUCAAAAUAAACACACAAAAUACAAGAAUGGUAAGUUUUAGAACACACUAAUUUAGAAUAACAUUUAAACAGAAUUGCUUGACAUACAUAUCAAUUCAGUAUACUUACAAACCAUGGGUCUCUCUAGAUUUUUAUAUUCUUACAUAUGCUAACUUUAUGAAUAAAACUGUCUUUUUUAAAAAUCACUCUUUAAGUGGCAGCUUUUCCAAGUAGAUCAUUCUUGUUAAGAUGGAUACUAUGAACAUAGUUUCAUACAAUAUACUUGCCCAACUUUCUGAAAGGACAGUCUUUUUGUGUUAAAAAAAAAGAGUAAUGAACUCUUGUUAAUUGAUAAUAUUGAAGUAUUUUAUAAAAUAUUAAUGCACUUGUGAGAAAAUGCCUUCUCUCUCUACAAGUACUCCUUUUUUAUAGCUAAGGUUUUUCUCCCAGCUAUGUUGAGACUUUUAUACGAUACAUAUAGAUAUUUCCUGAGCCUGUGCUCAUCCUUUAGUCACUUGUAAACAGGCAUCAUUUUUUGAAGGACUGUGCUGGUUGGUAAGAAGUUAUAUCUCAUCUUCAAAUCGACUCUGCUCUGAAUUGGUAGGGCUGGGACUCUGCAAAGGAAUCGUUCCCUCUGCCAGCUGAUCCCUGUUCAGGUCUCCUAACAGAGGGCAGUAGAGGAAGAUACGAAGACAGAUGAGGACCUGAAACACUUUUAUGUUUGCCUCCUGUUUCUGUCAGCAUCCUCUAAGAAACAGAACUUGGAUUCACCGGCAGCCUCCAGCCUCCUUCAGCUCUCGGAGACCAAGCCUCCAAGCUCCCCCGCAGAAGCAUCUGCACCAGCUUGGCGUGUCCUCCUCAGAGCUCUGAGCCCUGCUAUGGAAGGACUCCUUCUGGACUCUAGAUUCUGAAAACUUCCAUUCAUUUCCGUUGUUUCCUCAGUCCGAGAGCAAGCCAGGCUCUGUAUGGCUUAAUAUCGGCCAUCUCCUUAUUCCCUCUUCAUUUUUCCAGUCUUCCAAACCUGUGUAACAGAUUCCCAGGAUCACAGUCUCUCUGUUGAUAUAUCUACCAUGUCUUCUGUUUUCCUGACCCGAGGAUUAUGAUUGAUUUUAACUGGAAUGUUUUUCCUUGCUAAGGGCGUUUUAAAAUUCUUCCCUGAGAUUCUUUUACUGAACUUAUGACAACUUUGCCUAAUUAAAUUUCACACAAGAA